GGGGGAGGGGUUUGGGGGGGAUGGAUCCGGAGCAGACGUUCCUGCGGGUGCACGCGCGGCUGUCGGGGAUGCUGUCGCAGCUGCUCACGCCGCGGAUCCGCCUCGCGCUCGAGUACCUCUACCUCGCCGGCGCCGUCGCGCUCUUCUGCCUGCUCGUCGUCAUGCACACCAACUUCGUGCAGCAGCCCGGCUGUUCAAGUGAGUUUUCUGGGAUUGAAUUUGGUGAAGCGCAACUUGUCCAAAUCAAGAUAAUCAGUGGAGGACUAUGGGUGAGCAAAGGUGCGUCCUACAUUAUGGAUCUCCAGAACCUGGGGCGUUCAGCUGAGAAAAUUUUAGAGGUUAAUGGUGAUAAGUUCAAUAUUUUAGCGUCCAAGUUUUGGUCAACUUGGGUUGGCCCCGGAGCUAGAAGGAGCAAAAUUAUGUUUAGAACUUGGAAGGGAGACAAGGACUUUGAACCACAACCAGAGAAUGCUGCCGACACAGCUGUUACCACAGCCACUUCAGGGCUAUCAGACUCGAAGGCAACUGUGGAGGGUUCUCCAUACCAUCCAUUAUCUGCAAAAGAAUCAUUUAAAGCAGCAGUGAUGUAUUUAUUCAGAAAGUGGUACUUUCGUGCUGUCUCAUUCUGGAGGAAUAUAAAACAACUUUCAGAUAACACCUUUCAGUUAAUGUUCAGAUCUAAUUGGAAUGACUUCCUCCUUACUAUUAAGGGUAUUCAAUUACCAAGCAUGGAUCAUCUAGUGCAGUGGUUUGAGAGACGAAGCAAAGCAUUUGAGCCAACCUAUUUAUAUGGUGUGGAGAAGGGUUAUUUCUUGCUUUCAGAAGGGGCCAAACUUCGUCAUGGCGUUCGGACUAUAAAUAUCACAAUUUCUGCUCGGAAUCCUUGCUUUGGAAAUAGGUGGCAACAGCUUUUAAUAAACAGCCUUGUUGGCUAUGACACUAUACUUACGAACAGCUUAGUCAACUCCCCUGGUCAUGGCUAUUUAUACAACUUUCAAACAAAGGAACUUUAUGAUCUCAGUUAUGGACAUGAACCACCAGAAGGUCCAACAAGAUUUGGAGAUUACUUUGUAACGAAAUGUGGUGUUCUUCUCAUGUCACUCUUUGUUUUUUUCACAACUACCAUGUCUGUUUCAUUUACCCUGAGAGAGACGCAAUCCCGAAUGCUUAGGUUCACAGUGCAGCUUCAGCAUCAUGCACGCCACCAACUUCCCACAUUUCAAUUGAUAUUUGUCCAUGUUAUCGAAUCAUUGGUUUUUGUUCCGAUAAUGAUUGGGAUCCUCUUUUUUCUAUUUGAAUUCUACGAUGAUCAGUUGCUUGCCUUUCUAGUUUUGACUCUUGUAUGGUUAUGUGAGCUAUUCACGAUGAUCAGUGUGCGGACAUCUAUAUCAAUGCAGUUUUUCCCACGCUUUUUCUUGCUCUAUUUCUUGGUUUUUCACAUUUACUUCUUCUCGUACACUUAUGGCUUCUCCUAUCUGGCUUUUUCUGCUACCGCAGCGUUCAUGCAACAUCUAAUUUUAUAUUUUUGGAACCGCUUCGAGGUGCCAGCCCUUCAGAGGUUCAUUAGGAGCCGAGCUCACCUUCACCAACAGACUGGUGUUCAGAUAACAUCCUCAACCAUCUAUACAUCAACAUUACAUAUUGCAAGGGUAAAUAUGAGGGACCCCGGCACAAUGAAUGAGGGCCUUGGCGCUGCUCGUGAAGCAGAUGCCCUACUGGUUCCGGAUGAGGCUAACAGGAACCAACAAGAGGGCCAACCAAUUGAAAAUGCCGAGUUAGCGGCCAACAACCCUCUGCACUAUCAAGAUCAAAACCCUCAGCAACCUGGCAAUGCUCCGGCAGGCUCUGGCUCCUUGAAUCCGUUUGGCUCCCUUUUGUUGUGGUUGUUAGGAGGCGGAGCUUCUGAUGGCAUAGUAUCUUUCUUCUCUAUGUUUAGAGAUGUACGCGACCAUGGUCAAGAUUACACUGAUCCACCUCGAAAUGAAAAUGAUCAGGUAACAUAGGAAACAUAUGAAAGCAGAGGGGAAUUGAAGACGAACGGACACCUGGUGGAGGGUGAUUGGGAGAAAGUUGUCUUCCUUAAGAUGAUAUAUUGCCCGCUCCACCAUCAAAGGAUAAUGACGAAUAUGCAUGGCAGCUUAUAUAGAUUUGUGUUGGCUGGACAUACUACGUUAGCUGCUGCUCUCACCAGUUCAUUGUUUUUUCGUUACUGAGUAAGGUUGCUGAACUGUACCUACUCAUGACAUGUACAUUCCCUAUCCUCUGAAUGGGCAAGCACGGCCUGUUCUUGUACAUGAAUGUUCUUCAGCUCACCUCAUUUUGCUUAUGUUGUGCAAAUCUUUUGUACCCCUAUAUAGGUUGGAGCUGCAACAAACAGUAUUGCAGGCUCGCAGUGCGCUCCUGUGCAUUCUGCAAAAGAACUGACUAGUUUGUUGAUACAA